AUGAGGUCGGUGUCCCUGGUGCUGUUCCUCAGCCUCAUUCUGCUGGCUUUCAAUGCUGGCCACAUCUUACCAGGAGUAGCAGAGGGGAAAAGCAGGGAGCAGAAAGUGUGGGCCAGAGCAGGGAGUUCAGCCGUGCUGCCUUGCCACCUGAGCCCCAGAAAGAUGAAGCAGCUGCCUGAGAAGACAUCUGUGCUGUGGAAGCGGCAUGGGGGAAGUGCCCACCAGGAGCCACACAUGGUGCUGGAGAUGGAUUCCUCGGGGCUUCGGAAGACAGCGCUGCCCAUGCGGCCCCGGGUGUCUGUCCAGCACUCCGCCUUACGCAAUGGCAACUUCUCCCUGCGAAUCCACCCUGUCCGGAGGGAGGACGCCGGGCUGUAUGAGGCACAGGUGGCAUACAACAUGGAGAGCCACAGCUGCCAGGUGGAGCUGGGGGUGAUUACAGUAACCCUCAGUCCGCCCAGCCCUGUGGUAGAAAAUGAGCCGCUCUUGUUGAGCUGCAACUCUAGCCACUGGGCCAAUCUUUUGGAGACCCGCUGGUUCCACAAUGGGCGCCUGGUCCCCACCUCCAGGACCUUCUGCUCCUUGCAUGGGACUCUCUCCAUUCCCCGACCAGCCAUGAGUGAUGCGGGCUCCUGGCGGUGCCAGCUCAGAUACUCCAAUAAUGAGAUUGUUUCUGCCAUGUACAACCUGAAAAUUCUAGGCUUUGAUGGUCCAACGAACCCUGUGGUCUAUGCUGCAGCUGGCUCUGCAGCUGAUCUACCAUGCACCCUGAGCUACCUUCCCAGUGCCUUUGGGGUCAAGAUGGUGACAGCCCACUGGAGCCGCCUUGCAGGAGGACGCUUGCAAGACAGGGGCACCUCCCAGAAUUCAAGCAGCAGAAGCUUCCCCUUUCGUCUCCCUGCGGUGGGGCCAGGUGAUGCAGGGCAGUACCGCUGUGCUGUCUCUGUUGGCAGCAAGACAAUCAGGAGGGAUGUGACCUUGUCAGUGAUCACAGUCACUCCGAGCAUCCAAGGACCGGUUUCUGAGGGAUCUCGCUUGCUGCUCAUCUGCAGCAUCACACACCCCCAGGGACAUGAAUUUUUCCAGUGGAAACACCUCAACUCAGCCCCCACUAACAGCAAGCUGGCUGUGGCCACCUCCCAUCACCUGGACGGCCACAGAUCCCAGAUUGGCCCUACCAUGGAAAUACCCCAAGUGUCACAAAAGGACACAGGCACAUGGGAAUGCAGUGUAUAUGGCCCAGAAGGCAGACUAGGAGCAGCAGAGUAUGGGCUGCAGAUCACAGGUGCCCAGGUCUCCAACCCUCCCACCAUCUUCAGCGGGCAGGUUACUUUUGGGCUCAUGCUCACCCUCUUCUUCCUGCUUACUGUCUGUGUUCUGGCUCUGGCCCUACGAAAAAGGGCACGGUCCCCUGCCUUCCCAGGGCUGGAAGGGAUGGUUGCAGUCACUGUGCCAAGGAAGAAGGAGAUGGAGGAGAACCAGAAAGAGAAGAUCCAGCAAACUGAGUGCUAA